AUGGAAAAAAUCUCAUACAACAUUAAUUCAACUACCACCGUCAUAUCUUCACAACAUUUCAUUCGUGAAGACCAUAAUUCUCAAAACGAUGAAAAAAUAUCAUCAUUAGAACAAGGAUUUGGACCAGUAAAUUUUGAUUCUGAAAAAAAAAUUGAAACCGAACCAAAUUAUAAAGAAAAAUGUGAAGUUCAUCCUCAAUCUAUGACAGCCAUUUCAGAUUCAAACGAAAGUUACGCGACAGUGACGAAUGAUGAUCCGAAAAAUUGGCCAUCGACGAAAAAAUGGUGGAUCUUAUUUGUCGUUAUUGUUUCAGGGAUGCUGUCGCCUAUUGCUAGCACGAUUCUUUAUCCGGCAAUAAUAACGUUACGUCAAGAAUUAAAUACCACCGAAAUAGUUGUCAAUUCAUUAGUAUGGGCUGCAUACUCUGAUGAAUUCGCAACAAGACGUAAAGUGUACUUAGCCUCCAUUAUGUUAUUCAUCGUCUCAACCACAAUCUGUGCUGUUUCCAGAACCAUUUGGUUAUUGUUAAUAAUGCGUGCUAUUCAAGCCUGUGGCUCUUCUGCUGUAUUAUCUAUUGGCGCUGGAAUUAUAAGUGAUAUUUAUAUUUCAACUGAAAGAGGUCACGCAUACGGUUUAUUUUAUUUAGCUUAUUGGAUUGGCCCAUUUCUAGGUCCAAUGUGUGGUGGUUACCUUACCGAAUAUUUUGGUUGGAGAUGGAUGUUUUGGUUCUUAGCUAUAUACGGUGGUAUCGUAUUUUUAAUAAUUCUAUUUUUUUUACCCGAAACUUCUCGUACGGUUUCAUCUCCAACCAGUACCUCUCCCGCAAUUCGAUUUAAUCCAUUUGCUCCAUUAAAGUUAUUACGUUAUCCAAACGUAACUCUCGUAAUAAUAUACGUAAGUAUAAUAUCUUCUAUAAUUCAACUUCAAUACAUUAGCGUCCCUCGAAACUUUUCCCAACGAUACAAUCUAUCUUCGUCGACUAUUGGUCUAUUAUUUAUUGCACCGGCCGCUGGUUGUGCAUUUGGUAGUCUUUUAAGUGGGAAAUAUUCGGAUUUUAUUUUGCGUAAAAAGAAGGCUGAAAAUGGUGACUUUAGUUAUCCAGAAAUGAGAAUUCAAAGUGUUUGGGGUGGUGCAUUUUUAGUUCCAAGCUCAUACUUGGCUUAUGGUUGGUUAUUGGAAAACAAUUUUAACGUGAUAGUGUUGAUGAUAUUGUGGUUUCUUGGUUCACUAGGAACAUUGGUGGUUUUCAAUUCAAUGUCUAUAUAUUUGGUAGAUGCAUGCCCAACACGUAGCGCUUCAGCAAUCGCAUUAAAUAAUUGUAUUAGAUUUAUAGUAGCAGGAACUGUAGCAAUUUUAGAACCAUUGAUGGAAGAUGCUUUGGGUACAGGUGGGAUGUUCACUUUUAUGGUUUCUUUGGGCGUUAUUAGUACUUUUUUUGUAGUAGCAGUUUAUUUUAAAGGAAAAGAAUGGAGAGAAAAUAUGACAUCUAAUUUAGAGGUGGGAAAGUUUUAA